CUUCUUCCUCCGUCCUACUACUUAUUCUUCUUCUUGUUCCCUCUCAAUUCUUCGUAAUUAAAAAAAAAGAAAAAAAAAAAAUGUGUGGGAUCUUCGCGUAUCUGAAUUUUCACGCGAACAAAGAGAGAAGAUACAUUCUCGAGGUUCUCUUCAAUGGUCUUCGUCGUCUUGAAUACAGAGGCUACGAUUCUGCUGGAAUCGCCAUUGAUAAUUCUGAUGCUUCUUCUCCGCUCGUGUUUCGUCAAGCUGGAAACAUUGAAUCACUUGUUAAUUCCGUUAACGAAGAGAUUACGAAUACGGAAUUGAACCUAGACAAAGUUUUCUACUUUCAUGCUGGGAUUGCACAUACGAGGUGGGCUACUCAUGGUGAACCUGCUCCUAGGAAUAGUCAUCCUCAAUCUUCUGGUCCUGGAGAUGAUUUUUUGGUUGUUCAUAAUGGUGUCAUCACUAACUAUGAGGUGUUGAAAGAAACUUUAGUGAGGCAUGGGUUUACUUUUGAAUCGGAUACAGAUACUGAAGUCAUUCCUAAGCUUGCUAAAUUUGUUUUUGACAAAGCUAAUGAAGAAGGUGGACAGACUGUUACUUUCUGUGAAGUUGUCUUUGAAGUGAUGAGGCAUCUUGAAGGAGCUUAUGCUCUUAUAUUUAAAAGCUGGCAUUAUCCGAAUGAGUUGAUUGCGUGCAAGCUUGGUAGCCCUUUGCUUUUAGGUGUUAAAGAGCUAGAUCAAGGCAAGAGCAAUGGUCAUGUUUUCCAGGAUGCUCACUUUCUUUCUAAGAAUGACCAUCCCAAAGAGUUUUUCCUAUCAAGUGAUCCUCAUGCUCUUGUUGAGCACACAAAGAAAGUUUUGGUGAUUGAAGAUGGCGAAGUUGUUAACCUCAAGGAUGGAGGUGUGUCGAUACUUAAGUUUGAAAAUGAGAGGGGAAGGCCUAAUGGUUUAUCGAGACCUGCUUCAGUGGAACGUGCCUUAUCUGUUCUUGAGAUGGAGGUGGAGCAGAUAUACAAGGGAAAAUAUGAUCAUUACAUGCAAAAAGAGAUCCAUGAGCAGCCAGAAUCUUUAACUACUACAAUGAGAGGCCGUCUUAUUCGCGGUGAUUCACGCAAAGCAAAAACAGUCCUCCUAGGUGGUUUGAAAGAUCACUUAAAGACCAUAAGACGCAGCAGGCGUAUUGUUUUUAUUGGAUGUGGGACAAGUUACAACGCUGCUCUUGCAUCAAGACCUAUCCUUGAAGAGCUCUCUGGCAUACACAAGUCAGAUUGUGGUGAUGGUAAUGCUAGCUUUAGCAAUUGGAAGUGACACAAUCUCCAACCAAAAGAAACGGGAAGCUGUAAUUGAUGGACUACUUGAUUUGCCAUAUAAGGUUAGGGAAGUACUAAAGCUAGACGAUGAAAUGAAAGAUCUUGCACAACUUCUGAUCGACGAGCAGUCACUGCUUGUGUUUGGCAGAGGGUACAACUACGCAACCGCGUUAGAAGGAGCGUUGAAAGUAAAAGAAGUAGCACUGAUGCACAGUGAAGGUAUACUUGCAGGAGAAAUGAAACAUGGACCUUUAGCUUUAGUUGAUGAGAAUCUCCCAAUCGUUGUGAUCGCCACUCGCGAUGCUUGUUUCAGCAAACAACAAUCUGUGAUUCAGCAACUUCACGCACGCAAAGGGAGAUUAAUAGUAAUGUGUUCUAAAGGUGAUGCUGCAUCUGUAAGCUCGAGCGGAUCUUGUCGUGCAAUCGAAGUUCCUCAAGUUGAAGACUGUUUACAACCUGUUAUCAAUAUAGUGCCAUUACAGUUAUUGGCUUAUCAUCUGACUGUUCUGAGAGGUCACAACGUUGAUCAACCGAGGAAUCUGGCCAAGAGUGUGACUACUCAAUAGAGAGCUUAAAGGGAAUGAUACUAGUUUGUACUUGUAUAGUUUUGCCCACACACACACAUGCCUAUGGAGUUUUUUUAUUAAUGUCGCCAUCGUUUACACUUUGCCACGCUUUUUAUGUCAAGAAACAAUAAAAUUUUGAUAUUUUUGUGUUCA